AGAGAGAGGCGUGGGGGUGAAAUGAAAUGCGGUGAUGAUGGUGGACGGGCCGCUGGCGUGCGGGGUGGUGUUAGCGAAGGAGACGGAGGGGCCGAAGGGAGGCGGACCUCCGACCGAACCCGGACGGGUCAAGAGAGAAGAGACCAUCCCAACUCCCCCGCCCACCACCCCGCUCUCGGACCCCACCACCCGCCACCCGUCCCCGCCCCCGCCCCCCUCCUCCCUUCCCAAACCCGAAGGAUGACGACGAGCGCCGGGCGGCGGACCGCCCUCGUGUCCGCCCCUGCCAGCCGCGUCAACCGCCACCCUAACCCCCCACUGCCCAAAAUCACCCACCCACCACCGCCUCCUCCUCCAUCCCAAAGAUGGCUGCCGACGCCUCCUCCCCUUCCCCUUCUCCUUCCCCCUCUCGUUCCUCUUCUCCUCCUCCCACGGGCGACCCUCCCUCCUCUUCCCCCACCCCGAAGAAACCCCCUCCUGGCCCCUGGUCUCACCAGGAGUCCAUCCACCUGAUCGACGCCUACCAGGAGCGAUGGUACGCCCUCGGCCGCGGCCAGCUCCGCGCCCGCCACUGGGAGGAGGUCGCCUCCUCCCUUGCCGCCCGAUGCGGCCUCCACCGUCCGGCCAAAACCUCCACGCAGUGCCGCCACAAGAUCGAGAAGCUUCGCAAGCGCUACCGCGCCGAGUUACAGAAGGAGGCCUCCGGCUCCUGCGAGUCUCGUUGGAUCCUCUACCCUCGGAUGGAUCUUCUCGAGAAAGGGCCGUCUUCCAUCCUCCGGGCUGUCCACCCUCCGCGCUCCCUUCCGCCCUUGGAGUCCCCCUCGCCGAUCUCGUAUCGUCACGCUGAAGCGGAGGCCGUUCCGAGGUUCGGUUCCGUUGGUCGGAAGCCUAGCGCCGCCGGUGGCGUUGCUGGCGCACGUGGCCCUUGCAGCCCCGGCCCUAGCCUGAACCCUAAUCCUAACCCUAGUUUCCCGAAACGGAAACGGACGGCGAGUCCGGCCGCCGCCCCGGCGUUGGAGGAGCAGGAGGCGCUCCUGGAGCUCGCCUCGGCGGUUAGGUCGAUCGGCGACGGGUUGAUGCGCGUCGAGAAUCUGAAGAUGGAGAUGAUGCGGGACAUGGAGCGGUCAAGGAUGGAUAUGGAGAUGAAGCGAACAGAAAUGAUCCUUGAAUCGCAGCGGGAGAUCGCGGAGGUUAUCGCCAAGGCUUACUGCUCCAAGAAGAAGUACAAGAGGCUGAGCUCGCCGGACUCGUGAGGGAUCUAAGCAUCUUUUUUUUUUGGUACUGAACUAUUGAACUUUCGAUGGAGUUCCCUCGCUUUGUGUCUUUCUUUUUCCUUUGUUACCUUCACUCGAGAAUAUGUUUCUCCUCUCCUCUUAGUUCUGAUUGGAACCGUUUCGAAUUUGUCAAGUUCUGAAUGAUCGUUGUGGUGAUCAGGGUCGAUGUAAGUUGAAUUUCGGUCUUCUUCAAAUGAAUGCUGAUUUUUAAUCCUUUCUUAUUUCA